AGUGUGGACUCGACAUCAAGAAAGCCAUGAGUAGAGCAGCUUCAAGGCGCCUGCUGGCACAACCGCCUCAAUUGCUCAUCUCUGAGCUGGUACCCACCUGCAGACUGCCAUUACGAUGUCUGCGACCCUUCUCAAGUACAACGAGGAAAGCAGAAGGGCAUGACACCAGACCACCACCCUCAGAACCCCGAUCGGCAGCCCCCUCAUCUCGACCCGUCUACUUCUCCUCGAUUCCUCGAGUACAAUCCGCAAAGCCUCCUCCUCCAUCGCCAUCUCUCAACCCGAAGGCAACCUCAGGAGGCAUGGGGGAAUUGGCGAAAACCUUCUCUGGCAUUUCUAACAUGAUCGACCAAAACCAAGAGAGUCGAUACGCACAACAAUCUCGUAGACGUGGCACUUUGCUAGAUAGCCUUGGUUCCCUAUCUUCAGAUGGAAGUUAUGACGGAAAUCUCAUCCCAGGAGAAGAGGAUUUCAGGGAGAGGGCGCAUCAACUACACAUCUACGCCACGAGACACAACUGCCAUAUCACAGUCGUCCGUCCCCCUGGCUACAAGAAUCCUUUGAAUGGGAACGUUUCGAAUAAUCGCACAGUUCUGAUGUCGGUGGCUUGUGGCAAUUUGGCUUUUCGGCACUCUGCGAGGAAGCAUUAUGAUUCUGCUUUCCAAUUGGCGUCUUAUGUAAUGGGUAUACUGAAGAAUAGAGGUCAUAUCAAGGAUAUUGAGCAACUAGAGGUGUUUUUGCGAGGAUUUGGGGCUGGAAGAGAAGCUGUGACGAGAGCACUGCUUGGUCUGGAAGGUGCAGCACUGAGAGGAAAGAUUGUGAAGGUUUCAGACGCUACGAGGUUGAAGUUUGGUGGCACGAGGAGCAAGAAACCAAGGCGUCUGGGUUAGAUGUCAUGUUGUGGAGUUCGCGGGUUGUGCACUGCAUAUAGAAACUUGUACAAUAAUCAGAGUCCGAUUUGGUGGUAUC